AUGGGUGCGGUGCAAGCAUUGCACAGCUCUCGCCAGCCCGCCCGCGCCUUGGAGCUGCCCCCGCGCCUCUCAGCUCCCCUGCCCCACCGCAGCCGCUGUCUCCCUGCGCUUCUGCAGCCUCACUUUGACCAGGGUGUUGAUCGUCCAUUCUUAGGAAUCCCCAAAGAACACACUGAAGUCUGUGGCUCCUCAGGGCCUUCGGGAUCUGGGAGCUUGGAUCUUCACAUCAAGGCAUCAGAGCCGCAGGACAGUGGUUUCUAUGUCCUUGGCAUCACCUAUGAGUCUGGGCAUGUUUGUGAAGUCAAGUUCAACGUUUCUGUGUUUGAUCAUGUCAAGAAGCCCCACAUACAGGAGGAGUGGAAGGCUCUGGGAAAAGGAAUAUGCCAAAUGACUCUGUCCUGCCUGGUCAUCAUGGAUGAGCAUGUGAACUAUACUUGGUACAGAGGGAGUGAGCUGCUCCAGGUGGGGAGGAAUCUCACCUAUGUGGAACAGCGGAGUGAUACUGAUGGCGUGAACACAUAUACCUGCAAUGUCAGCAACCGUGCCAGUUGGGCAAGCCACACCCUCAACAUUACCCAGGGCUGUUCGAGUGCCCACCAGGGAUCCAAAUUUCUUCCCUUUUUGGUGGCCAUCAUGAUUCUGACCAUGCUGUUCCUUGGCACCCUCACCUUCUUCUGCAUGUGGAGGAGGAAGAGGAGGCAGUCGUCAGAGACCAGCCCCAAGGAGUUGCUGACAAUUUAUGAAGAUGUCAAGGACCUGCAAAUCAGAAGAAAUCAAGAACAGGAGCAGAAACCCCCAGAAGGAAGCACCAUCUACUCCAUGAUCCAGGCUCAGACUCCUGCUUCUGCUUCAUCAGAAACGUCAAAUACACUGUAUUCAUUAGUACAUAAGUCUGGAUCCAAGGUGAAGAACCAUAACCCUUCCAUCAGUCACUCUGUCUACGAAGAGGUUGGAAAGAGACCACCUAAAGCCCAGAACCCCACUCGAUUGAGCCGUGAAGAACUGGAGAGCUUUGAUAUUUAUUCCUAGUUGCCGUAGCUUGUCUCACCUUUCUUGCACAUCAGCAUCUGCUUUGGA